AAGCAUUUCCGGAAGUUGCCGAAGUGUCUCCGGACGUCGCCGGGGCUUGGUGGCCGGGGCGGAGGAUGGCGGAGGCGGCGGCGAGGCUGCGGGCCGACGGCAUCGAGAAGCGGUUGGUGAAGGAGGGUCGGGGCGAGCUGCCGGACUUUCGGGAUGGAACGAAGGCGACAUUCCACUACCGGACCCUCCGCGGCGAUGGGUUGGGGCCCCCCAUCGACGACAGCCGCAGUCGCGGGAAGCCCAUGGAGCUCAUCAUCGGCAAGAAGUUCAAGCUGCCCGUAUGGGAGACCAUCCUGAGCACCAUGCGAGAGGGCGAGGUGGCCGAGUUCCUCUGCGAAGUCAAGCACGUGGUCAUGUACCCGCUGGUGUCGAAGAGCCUGCGCAACAUCGCGGCGGGCAAGGACCCUCUGGAGGGGCAGCGACACUGCUGUGGCAUCACCCAGAUGCACGAACACUCGUCGCUGGGCCACGAGGACCUAGACGCCCUCCAGCAGCACCCCCAACCCCUCGUCUUUGCCAUCGAGAUGAUCAAGGUGGAGAACCCCGGCUCGUACCAGCAGGACCCCUGGGCCAUGACGGACGAGGAGAAGAUGGCGGCCGUGCCCCUCAUCCACCAGGAUGGCAACCGGCUGUACCGCGAGGGCCACGUGCAGGAGGCCGCCGCCAAGUACUACGACGCCAUCGCCUGCCUCAAGAACCUGCAGAUGAAGGAGCAGCCGGGCUCCCCGGACUGGAUCCAGCUGGAUCUGCAGAUCACACCACUGCUGCUCAACUACUGCCAGUGCAAACUGGUAGCCCAGGAAUACUACGAGGUGCUGGACCACUGCUCCACCAUCCUCAACAAGUACGAGGACAACGUGAAGGCGUACUUCAAGCGGGGGAAGGCGCACGCGGCGGUGUGGAACGCCCAGGAGGCCCAGGCGGACUUCGCCAAGGUCCUGCAGCUGGAGCCGGCCCUGGGCCCCGUGGUCAGCCGGGAGCUGCGCUCGCUGGAGAUGCGGCUGCGGCAGAAGGACCAGGAGGACAAAGCACGCUUCCGGGGCAUUUUUGCCCCCUGAGGGCGGCCCCCC